AUGGAACAGUCCACUAACAGCUUAUUCCACAGCUUUAUCCACGUCGCCGGCUGGUCUCAGCACUUUCCAUCUUCAGCCAGGUCUCUCAGCCAUCUCCGGUCAAUAUCGACGGCCGCGAGCUCCAUCGACGAAUCAUCCUCAUCAUACCGCCCUCGACCGCCGCCCAAGUCGCCGUCAGUCUCGAAUCUGCCCAUAAUAUCAUUCGCAUCAAAGGCCGCCUCAUACUUCCCCAGCCACGAGAUGAGUACAUUACCCGAUCCACGAAUGAAGAUCGCCAGCUCGUCGAGCAGCGGCCAGAGGCCCUCGACUGCCCAUCCAGAACUGAACGGCAACGACGGCGAUGGCGCUUCUACCAUUUCACAGCAUCCCGGCCUCAGCGACGAAGUUGCGACGCUCAGCACAAAACUCAUCAACGCCAUCAACCACCAGACCGCCCUCGAUGACACCCUGUCAGCGACACGCCACGAGCUGGAGACGUCACAUGAACGCAUCCGCGACUUGGAGGCUCAGCUGGCCGCCCAGCGCGAGAUGAUGGCUGGCGACGUCUGGAUCCGCAGAUCGACGCUCGAGAAUGAGCGCAAAGUUUGGCAGGCUGAGAAGAAGGCGAUGCAAAAGAAAUUAGACGAGGAGACGACCAGCCGGAUAGAGACAGAGAAGGAGAAGCGCAAAAUUGAGCAGGAGCUGGAGAACCUGACCACGGCCCUCUUCGAAGAGGCAAACAAGAUGGUCAUUGCCGCCAAGGAGGACGCUCAGUUCCAGCAUGAUGUCUUGACAAAGAAGAAUGAUCAGCUCAAGGCACAGCUCGCAGAUUCCGAGAGCCUUCUAAAGUCGCAGCAGGAGCAGCUUUCCGAGCUGAAGCAGGUGCUCGAGACGAUGGUCAUGGAGCGCGAUGACCCGAGCAACAACACGGCGCCCUCAAGUCCCGGCCUCGAGUCCAAGGAUGACUCUCAUCUUGUUCCCGAGAAGCCGACGCCGUCCCCUUCCAGACACAACGCCGAAUCGCAAUCGACCCCGGCUCCCCCGACCAGCUUUACGCAUCUGAUUCAACCUGUCUUGCGCACAGAUAUCGCCGAGUACGACGACUUCAUCGCCCUUGCUCGCCUCUCCCAUCAGCGCUCCGGAAGUCGUGUCUCCGCCGGUUCCAUCGGCGGUUUCAUUGGACUUGGUGGCUCAACUUCGAGCGCCCACCUUUCAAACGCUUCCACCUCUUCCUUGAGCGCCUUCUCGAACCUCAACCAGAGCACCAACUCCAGCACGCCGCAGUCUCCCAACGCAUCUGCAAACGUGUCUGCCACCAGCGCCGCUUCAACGCCCUCGCCGAUUCCUCAGCUCAAGGAGACGCGCUUCUUCAAGCGUGUUCUUACCGAAGAUGUUGAGCCCACUCUUCGUCUCGAUGCUGCGCCGGGACUGUCAUGGCUGGCUCGCCGCACCGUUCUGUCAGCCGUGGCCGAUGGCUCGCUGGUCGUCGAACCCAUCCCGGCGCCGCCCACGACUCCCAGCUUUCUUCCCGUCCCCAAGCCGCAGUUUUAUCCUUGCGCCCUAUGCGGCGAGUCUCGUAAAGACGCGGAAUACCUGCGCAACUACCGCUUCCGGACAAGCGAGGCUGAUUCGGCCCAGCGGUACCCUCUCUGCGGCUAUUGCACUGUCCGCGUGCGAUCCACUUGCCAGUUCCUCGGGUUCCUUCGUAUGGUCAAGGAUGGAUACUGGAGGGCCGAUGAUGAGGAGAACGAAAAGGCGGCAUGGGAGGAAAGCGUCCGCUUGAGAGAGCAGAUGUUCUGGGCCCGCCUGGGAGGUGGUGUCGUCCCUUCUUCUUCAUCUACAGAAAAAGAGGAGGCUGCAUCUGCAGAAAAGGAAGAGGAUGCAUCCGUUGUCGACACCAGUUUCGACACAGCUCCACCCUCAGAGACCGAAGACGACGACGGCAGCGAGUUUGAGCUGGGGCGCCGCGUGUCCACGGAUGAACCUCACACACCUCCCGACCAGACCGACGGCACCAAGCCUCUUCGCUACUCUUUGCAAUCCCUGACUCUGGACGCCAUCAGCAACUCUGGGUCAGAGGCUACCAAGCGCCUGUCUACGACUACCGUCAUUGAGAACUGA